UGUGUACUGGUGAUAUUUUUCUAGGGGUUUAUUUGUUCUUUUUGUCGUUUUUCAAAGUUUUUCCUCACGUUAGUUUCUGUCUGGAGACAUGCGGAAGAAUAUUUUAUCUCCGAAGGGCUGUUGUUUGGCAUAAAACAAGAAAUGCAUUGCUGGAAGAGAACAGCGUUGUAACGGUCAAAGAUGGUCUCUGCUGAGCGUACAUCCUGACAAGCUUAUCGUGAAGAGCACGCUUCAGCAACGAUGCAAAAUCAAGGCAAGGUUUCCGCCAUGAAGAAUGAGGCAAAUAACAUUGUAACUUUCCAGACAACUAGCCAGUCGAUAGAUGGAAAGCAGGUCAUGAUAACUGCCCCGCAAGGAGUCACUGGAAAUUUGGGUAACCAGCCCCAACAAAUCCAGAUCCAGAAUCAGCAGAUGUUGCGACCAAAACAACAACAAAUGAUUGUUGUGAGUCAGAAACCUAGGCCCAUCCAGCCUAACUUGUCCGUAGCUCCGAGGCCACAGUCGUUGCGGCCUAGAACACCCACACAAAAUGUGCCAACCAGAGCUCAUCUCAUACCAAGCUCACCACGGUUUGUGCAUCAGAGGUUUCAGGUUCCUCAGCCUGUGGCCAUUCGAACCUCUUCGAUAGCAGCUAUUCCGGUGACACAGUCGAUGCAGAUUGGCCCUCAGGGUGUGACUCGAAUACAGAAUCCAGCUGCAGCGAGGGUAUCCAGCCCUCAGAAGCCAUUAAUACAGCAUAUAACAGGAGGCAUCCAGACUAUUACAGGCAGUGUCAAACCAAUGCAAUCUGGUAUAAAAGUUACUGCAGGGAACCCAUCUAUUUCUGUGGUGCAGCAAUCAGGUCAACCUGCACAACAACUUGCUGUUUUACAUCCAACCCACCAAACUUCCAUGAACCAGCCAAAUCUAGCCAUUCAACCUGCACAGCUGCCAUCAAACCAACCAUACAAAACAGUUGUUGGAAACCCAGCAAUGGUUCCUCAGAUAAAGAGCAUUAACAACACACCUACAAUAGUACAACAGGUUACAGUAGCUCAACAGCCAACUGGUAUAAGCCUCUUGCAACCACAUGUUUCAAAGGUCAGUGUGCCAGAAGGUAUUUUUACGCAGGCUACUAGUAAGCAACAGUUGGCAAUGUGUACACAGAUGUUACAACCAGUAGGCUCUCCGACGUUUAUAACAACAACACCAAUCCCGGCUGGAUCAAGACUAGUAAUAUCCCCACAGACACCUGGUGGAACACCUGUAAGUAUCCUGCAAACAGGCGGUACAACCUCGCAAGUGAUCUCUACUCCUAAUAUCCAGCUGACUUCAGCACCUCAACAAGUCAGUUUUGUUAAUGCGCAGAUGUCAACCAGUAGACCCCUAGUAGCAAAACAAGCAACAGUCCCUCAAAUUCUGACACAGAACAUAAGACUCACAGGAAAUAUCAUCCCGCAGACCAACACUGAUGUCCGUCAACAACAACAGACGACAGCGAUCCUACAACAACCAUCCACCCUCCAGCAGCUCACUACCAUCCAAGGUGUAACUGCAGGGAAUAAAAACCAGGCUGUGUCAGCACAGAUUACCAUCCCUCCCCAACUUGCACAGACAUUGCAAGCAAAGAUAGUUGAACAAUUAACACUGCAGCAGUUGAGGAGCAGCAAUGGCCAGCCAAUAACACAGCUGGCAACAGUACCUAACAUACAGACCGCUGCCCUCCACAAGAAUCCGCCAAUCAUCCUCACUCCUCAGAUGCAAAAUGCUCUGAUGUCAAAAGCAUCACCACUUCAAACCACACAACCUCCAGCAAACAUCACCCAGAAGAUUCUCAUCCAGCAGGCGAUACCGACAACCAUAUCUGGUGCAAAUAUUAUUCAGAGUACUUCGGGAAUGACGACAACAGCUACUGUGCAGCCACAAGUGAUACCACAGCCUGUGAACACCCUACAACCUGUGAAUGUACAGCAAGCCACGGUGCCAGCAAGCUUAUCGAUUCAACCGGUCACAACAAGUGGUCCGAAACCAGUGACAACAUCGCUACCAAACAUCCAGCAGAAGCCGACACCAAAUAGCCAGUUGGCCACUACAGUUGUGAGGCCUCAGCUGAUACAGACUAGCGGAAAUCAAGCGACCAUUGGUCUAAUCCGCAUGAGCAUCGCCCAGCCAAUCCUUCCGAAUAUGACGAUAACGACUACAAAUUCAUCGGUGUUAGGUGUGCGUGCAGCCCUGCAGAAUGUGGUCCAAGCAAGAGCUGCCAACUCUGCUGAAACGGUGCAGGCUAUCAGUCGGGCGCCCAUCAUAUCACCGAUGCUGUCGCCGCAAAUUAUUCAAUCGCAGCAGAUCAGCCAACAGGUUGCAAAAAUUGUCAGGCCUGGAAGCUCAUAUCAAUUACCGGCAUCUACCAAGAUCUCAAGUCUGUAUACACCAAUGCCAGAUGACUUUCAGAUUGAAGAGGAUCAAAAUCAGGAACCAGUCUCAUCUAUUGACUAUGCUAUAAAACAUGAUAUGGUGUAUGCGCAGGUGAACAUAAAAAGGAAACGCAAAUUUUCUGAACCAACUGACAAAGCUGCUGAGCCAGUUGCCAAGAAGGACAAAAUAGAGGAAACAGCUAACACGAAAGAUAAAGAACCUGAUACAAAUGCAAGCACAGACCAAACACCACAACCCCCUCCUCAAUCAGAGUUUUCCUGGGACGAUUACUUGGAAGCCACUGGAUCGCAACCCGUGCCUCACAAGUAUUUCAGACACGUUGAGGACUCACUACAAAAUGGCCUCAAAGCUGGUAUGAAGGUGGAAGUGCCCAAUCAAGUGCACCCAUUUGUCUCACAAAAGACCUACUGGGUUGCCAGAAUCAUUGCCACCUGUGGCCAGCUACUUCUACUACGAUACGAGGGCUACCUUCAAGAUCGAUCUGGUGACUUCUGGUGCAACAUCUCCUCCGGGGAAGUGCAUCCCAUUGGCUGGUGUGCGCGCAUGAUGAAGAAGCUUCAGCCUCCAUUUUCCAUAAUUGAGAGACGAUCAAAUUGGAGUGAAUUUCUCAUUAACAGUCUGACAGGAUCAAAAAGCAUUCCAAAUUACCUACCAGAUGUGAUUACUAGCUGCCUGUUAAUUGAUAGGAUCCAGCCUGGUAUGUUCCUUGAGGUGAUGGAUGAACAGGACCCAUUAAAGUGCUGGCCAGCCAUGAUCAGAGAGAAUCGUGGAGGAUACCUGAAGCUGAGCUAUGUCGGCAAUGCCAAAGAGUCGAAAGAUUACUUCUACCUCUGGUAUACCAGCUGGAGGCUGCAUCCCUUGGGUUGGGCAUUGUCAAAGAAGUUGUCACUUAAGCCACCUGAAGCUCUGAUUACGGGUAAUCCGCAGAAGACCGUCGCCCAAUGGCAAUGUCAUCAACAGGAGUCUUUUAAGCUGUCAGCUGAGAAGCCUCUACCAGUUGACUUCUUUAAGGACCAAAAAGAUAUUAAGCCACACUUCUUCCUUGUGGGGAUGAAGCUAGAAGCAGUCAAUCCGAAACGACCGUGGGAGAUCGGCCCGGCAACCGUCUCAAAGGUCUUCAACAAAUAUUUUUUCAUGGUACGCAUGGAUGAUCACAAGGGUGGAAGUGGGCCCUCACAGUUUGUUUGCUACCAAGAUUGCCCAGGGAUCUUUCCGGUAAACUGGUGCCGGAGAAACGGGCUCAGCAUCACCAAACCUCCUGGCUAUGAUGUUCAAGUGUAUCGUUGGCAAGAUUACCUCAAGUACUGCAAGUCAUUGAGUGCUCCAGAACGAUUCUUCAGAACAGUCACGGAGCAAGAUCAUUCAAUACAGCGUGGGAUGAAGCUUGAGGCUGCCAACCCACUGAUGAGGAAUGGUAAGAUGUACGUAGCAACCGUUACCAAGGUUGUUGACCGAUACGCAUGGAUACACUUCGAUGGGUUCCGCUAUCCAAAUGUCAUUGUUGAUAUUGAGUCGGACACACUGUUUCCGGUUGGCUGGUGCGAGGCUAACAACAACCCUCUACGUGUGUCAUCGAAACUUUUACCAAUUAAAAAGCCAAGUGUUGCGGUUGUAUGGACUGAUAAAUCGAAAAAGCCUUCACCUUUGCAGGGAUCCCCCAUGAGUCCAGGUCGUGACCUCUAUCAGCGCUUGCAAAGUCAUCGCGGUGAUGAAGGCGAUGAUUCUGCGAAAGGAUCAAUCUGGAUUCCAAAAGUGUUCUUUAACCAUAAAUGUUUUUCUGGGCCAUAUCUUAACAAAGGCCACAUUGCUGAGUUACCAAAGGCCAUUGGACCAGGCAUGGUGACCUUAGUUCUUAAGGAGAUCAUGUCCCUGCUGAUUAAUGCGGCCUACAAGCCACCACGAGUACUACGUGAACUUCAGGUGGAGAACGACGAAACAGCUGGAAUGAAUGGCCACCUGCAAGUCAUGAAAGCAAAGUAUAAAGGCAAAAGUUACCGUGCCUUAGUAGAGAUUUGCAAGGUGUCCGAUGACGUUGAAAACUACCUGCGUGAAAUGUGCAUCAAGUUAGAAUGCUGCCCGAACCUUGUGUCUUUCAAGUGUGUACAAGAUACGUGUCCAGAAGACUGCUGGCAGCUUACCAAGACAAAAUACAAAGCAUUCAGCAAAACAUGAAGAUGUGUUACAGCUCGACUCGAACCCUCUCCACUGGGACGUGGAACGUGUGACAGAGUUCAUUAAGGAGACUGACUGCGCUCCGCUUUCUCGCCUUUUUAAGGAUCAGGAAAUCGAUGGACAAGCUCUACUACUCCUGACACUACCUACGGUUCAGGAAUGCAUGGAGCUGAAGUUAGGCCCAGCAAUUAAACUUUGUCACCAUAUAGAAAGAGUCAAAAUUGCCUUCUAUGAGUAUUUUGCAUGAUAGCGACAUUGUAUUGUAAAUUUAAUAUUUCUGAUAGAUGUCAAUCAUUCUUCAGUUGAAAGUGAACGACAACACAAACAUUGCUAAAAACACAGGAUAAAAUAUUCCGCUUGCUAGAUGAGAACAAUUUUUACAUGAUUUUCAAGGAUGAGGUCAAACAGAAGGUCACGGUUAACACAAUUAACAGCUUCUGUCAAAAUAAUAUUAGGGGAAUGUACUAUGGUUAAUUGACUCGUUAACUAUUAAAGUACCAUAUAUAUAUACUCGUGUUUAAGACAAGGUUUGAUAUAGCAGAUUAUGAUUGAAAAACAGGGGAUCAUCUUUCUACGCGCGACAUACAAUUUUUAGACUUUUAGGGAGUCUAAAAUGAGGGAGUUUUUAUUUUUAAAUCAUACUCAUCGUAUGUGCAGAUUGUCCGAAACAGGCAAAUUUACUACUGCAGUGUCUCACUAUUGAGAGCCAGAAAAAUGAAUUCCACAAAAGAUAUUUGUUGUUUCAUUUGUUUUAACUAAUGCUUUUAAAUACUGAUACUAUGAAAUGCAUGAAUUUUUUCAAGCCUUGACCUUGCCGAUUUGGAGGCUAAGUGCAGGCUUGAUCCCAGUAUAUUGAAAGGAAGAAUUCUGACAGUGAAAUGUAGGUUCGUCUUAUAUGCCGACAUAAAAAAAAUUGUACAAAAAUCUUCUCAAACUUGGGGGUUGUCUUAUAUGCGAGUAUAUAUAUGGUAUACAGUGUAUGAACAGUUGAUCAGAUUUCAUCACUUAUUACACAAACAAAUAUAUUGUAGGGUUACAAAUAAUAGAGUCUGCUAUUUGGAGGGAAGAAGGGAUCGUACAACAGUAUGCUUUUAGAAUAUUGCAUCUGUUGAUAGGAGUGGCUGAUAUGUUAUAAGAAAUACGAGGCAUGUUGUGGCAAAAUGGCUAAGUUGUAGCAAAAUUUAUUAGUAUUUUCAGAUAUCUGAGUAUGUAAUGAGGGGGUCAUUCAUUGAACUUAGACAUUUCAAGCCUAAGUUGUUGGCAAGUGAAAGUACAGCACUCAAACAAACAUGCUUUGUGUAAUUGCCUUCCAAAGUUAUUUGUGCAUACAUUGUUUAAUAAAUUAACUAUCAAAUAACGUUAAGUAGACAAUUUGUUGACCAUUUCCAAAACUAAUACUUUGGGACAUGAUUAAUAAGACAUUAAACUGUUGAUCUAUAUUAAAAAGAAAUUUGGAUUUUUAGGAAAUUUUUUUUAACUCCCAUAUUUUAUAACUCAUUUACUCCAUACUGGACUGUGCGACAACUUGACCAUUUCACCAUGACAUGCCUUAUGUGUGACAACAUCCUAGCACAAUACUAGACCAGAGAGGACAGUAUAGUGAUAGAGUAAAACAUAUUUUGGUGCUUUCCUUUUGAUGAAUUUACUUUGUUUUUUGUUUUGUACUUUCUAUUUAUGAUUACUGAGCAAUAAUAAAAUUUAAAAUUGUAAUACAGUAAAAGAAAACUUGAAAAUAAUAUACAGUAUGAUCAAAAUUUCAGUAAUCAUGAUUUUCAGAAUGAAUUGAAAAUAACAAUUAUUUGUUUGUUAUUUGAUUUUAAGUUAAAAUUUGGGAUCAACUGCCCUAAAAUUUAAUAUUAAGAUAUAGAAUUUUGUAAUCAAAUGCAAUAUUUCCUUGUAUUGUAAAAAAAAUAAUUCUUGCAGAUUACAGAUGCCUAAAUAUUUAAUUAUCUCGGUGAAUUCAUCUUAGCUAAAAUUUAAGGUAAUAUUCAUCGGUAGUUAAAAACAUAUUGAAUUCUCUAAACUUCAUACACCCAUAUUACACAAUGAUUGUAUCCUUUAGUCCUAGAUGUAUCAUUAUAUGUAAGGUGCGCUGUACCAUUUGUCUGGCCAGAGUUGGGGAUGUGAGAUACAUAUUUAUAAUUAUUGCCUGAUGUGAAAUAGGAUGCAACUGUUGAUACAAAAUCCUGUAGAGAAGAAUACAUUUUUGUUCAUUUUUUUUUUAACAUUGAUGUUUGUUAUUGUUAAUAAAAAACUAUUUUGAAUUAAA